AUGCUUGGUGCUGAUCGAAAAGUUGCAGUACGUGGAUUUGCAAUCGAAAUCGCACCAUCCAUCAUACAGCACCAUGGAGAAAUACUGGACAGCAAUGAUGAAGCAGCUUUAGCGACAGCAAUCAAACAAGAACAGGCCAGUGAAUGUGAAGAGCAAAUGGAAGUUGAUGAGUAUGAUCAUGCAGCUAACGGAGCAUCGCGAAAUGCGAAUGAGGCUGAUCUGGAAGCGGAUAAUGAAACCAGAAAACGCACUCGAAAGAAGGCGCGACAAAAGAAAACACCGAGGGAUGAUGAAGUGAGGAGAAUUGGCCUUCAAAAUGGUAUCCUCACUUUCUUGCUGCGGUGCUGCAUCGACAAAUCACCGUUGAUAAGGGCACGAGCGUUAACACAAGUUGCUGUUCUCCUGAACGAUGCCAGGUUCCGAAAUAAGUUAUCGGAAAUAUCGAAAAAUCCGAUAUAUCCUGGUGACGAAGAUGCCGCCGAAAAUCCCAUAUCUGGCCCGAGACUUCUCAGUAUUAUUGUUGAAAGAUGUAUGGAUGCAAGGGUAUCGGCUCGUAAAGCAGCACUGGUGGCGCUGGAGGCGCUUUUUCCGAACUUAUCAGAACUGGAAAAAACAGAGGUCCUUCAGGUGUACAAGGUAUGCCUUUUUAGUAAUGAUAUGGUAAGAAAAAAACUGGAAUUGCUAUUCUGUGAAGAAAUUCAGUACUAA